AUGCGACAUCUCGGCGCCAACCGCUAUCCUUCCUUUUCGACGCAGAAUUCGGGCUUCUUUGCUCGCCACUUGCGCCGCAUUUCAAGCAACCUCCCCCGCUACAACUCGAGUAAUACAGAUCCACGAUACGGUGACAAGCACACGCCUUCGCGCGUUCACAAUAUUCCUUUGCUUGGAAGAAUGCGAUCCAUCUUUGCUCGCAUGGGCCGAAAGCUGAAACUCAGACUUCUUCUUGUUCUUGUUUUCCUGCUCUGCCUGUACAUAUUCUAUCAUUCUCCUCUCAUCUACUGGUAUCGAAGAGCAAGCUGGGGUCGAGGUGGCUCAAAGUUUGUCAUCAUCCUCGCAGCCAAUGUCGGAGGAGGCGUCAUGGAGUGGAAAGGUGCUCGAGAGUGGGCAAUUGAGCGGGACAGCGUACGAAACAAGCGGAAAUAUGCUGCAAGAUGGGGCUACGACCUCGAAAUCGUCGACAUGAAGACUAGGAAGAAGUAUGCUCACGAAUGGCGAGAAAGCUGGGAAAAGGUCGACUACGUCCGAAGUGCCAUGAGGAAAUACCCCAAUGCUGAAUGGUUCUGGUGGCUUGACCUCAACACGUAUGUGAUGGAACCCUCGUACUCCUUGCAGGAUCAUCUCUUCGACAACCUCCAGACCAACGUGUACCGCGAUAUCAACGAAUACAACCCGCUCAAUAUUACCCAUCCUCUCACCUACCCGUAUCUUGACAAAUCUGCCAGGAGUCCAGUGGGAGACGGCAACAUCAACUCUGUCAACCUGCUUUUCUCGCAGGACUGUUCUGGCUUCAAUCUGGGAUCAUUCUUUGUGCGACGUAGCGCCUGGACCGAACGCCUCUUGGAUGUCUGGUGGGAUCCAGUGGCGUACGAGCAGAAGCAUAUGGCGUGGGAGCACAAGGAGCAAGAUGCUCUGGAGACUCUCUACCAGAACCAUGCUUGGGUACGAGAGCACACUGGCUUCUUGCCUCAACGAAAAAUCAACAGCUUCCCGCCGGCCGCAUGUGACGAUGGCUCUGGAAAGAACAACACUCGUUUCCAUUAUAGUCAGCACGACCGUGACUUUGUUGUCAACAUGGCUGGCUGCGAAUGGGGUCGAGACUGCUGGGGCGAAAUGUAUCACUACCGAGAGUUCAGCUACUGGCUCAACAGAAACGCCUGGGAACGCUUCAAGGAAGACUUUAUCGCUGUUAUCUGGUGGAAACUCACAGGCAAGCGGGUGAAGCUGUGA